AUGAGUGGUCUUUUUCAACUCUGGGAGCUGAAAGAGAUUUUGACUUCCACUUGUAAGAUCUUGACAGAUCCUAAUGAUCUCAAUUUUGCAGAGUAUCUGAAGCGAUGGACGGAUAUUGACUUGAAGACUCCUGGAGCUAUCGUACUCCCUACUUUAGAAAUUGAUUGCCAAAACAUUAGCGGAGGUCACAGUGCAUGGUCUACUAUUGGAAGUAACGGCAUCAUUAUUGACUUGAGUUUAUACAAGGGUAUAGAAGUGUACACAGAGUCUGGCACAGCAAUGCUUAAAGGGAGUAUUCUUUCUAAAGAAGUAGCAGGAACUCUUGCAGACGCUGGGUUCUUCACUGCUUUGGGAAACGGUAACACAGUGGGCGCUAUCCCAUACUUUCUUGGUGGUGGUUGUUCCAUUACUUCUUCUAUUACUGGUUUUGGAUCAGACCAAAUUAUCUCGGCUCGUGUCAUAACUGCAGAUGGAGAAUUGAUCAAUGUCACUGAUGACACAAAUCCGGAUCUGCUUUACGCCAUACGUGGAGCUGGGCAACAUUUUGGUCUCGUAACACAACUCGUCAUCAAAAUCUAUCCUUUGAAGAAUCUUGGGAACGAUGAAGGUGUCGUUUGGGUUGGAAGUUUUGUCUUUCCACUUGAUCGUGCUUGCGAAGUGACUUCUGUCAUGAAAAAAUUAAUGAACAAUGAUCAAUAUGCAACGGCUGGUCUCAUGAUGAUCAUGGCGCCACCCCCAGCAAGAGAUCCAUGUUUGGUUAUUGCGGCUCGUUACACCGGGAAUCCUGACGAUGCGGCAUUAGCAUAUAAAGACAUAUACGACCUAGAGCCACUUGUUGCCAAUGGAGCGACGGUACCAAUUCAGAAUGCAAGCGAUAGAGGGGAAGCACUCGCGGCCAAGGGGGGCUUUAAACAAUUCGGUAUUGUUGGCCUGCAUCAAUUCGAUGAAGAAGCCUUUCUUCGGAUAAUUGCAAUCUGGACGGAGAUGAUUGCCACAUGUCCAGAUGCAGUAAAUACUGCAUUCAAUUUUCAAUGGGAUUCUCGGCCCGUAAAGAGGCCUAGUAUUGAGUCAGCCAUGUGUCUUCACGACAUUAGGUAUUGGCAAAACAAUUUCAUCUGGCACACUGAAUCUAAGAAUCGAUCGAAAGUUGACGAAUUUAAUGAGCGAUCUAUUGCCAUAAUGCGUGGUAAUGAUGAGGCAAAUUUUGUAGAUUUUCAGAAUGGUACUCGAGCUGGACCUAUUGAGCGGAGAUUUAGAGGAAACAAAAGGCUUACCAAAUUGAUGGCCUUGAAGAGAGAAUGGGAUCCAAGAGGUGUAUUCAAGUCUGAAUUACUCUAUUAA